CAGUUGCAACUUGUUCUGUAAGAAAGAAUUGUAUGAGUCGUGCAGGAGAACUAAACAAAAUGUGGUUCCUGCUACUGCUCUAGACUGAACCCCUGGCAAAACGUCUUCCCGGCAGGGGUGGGUGAGAGCAAGGAAAGGGGAUGGAGGGGAUCUUCCGCAGCUUGUAUCAACUGCUGAGCCCCUCUUCUUCCUCCUGCAUAUAGUUUUAUUUGUCAUCUUUCUCUCUCAUACAUUCUGCCUGUACUUCCUGCCUUCUGGGUCAUUUCCUGGGCGAGUCAGUCUACUGAGGUAGCUUCAUUCGCCCCAAUGUUCCCAAGGCAGAAAAAGCCAAGUGCUCCUGAAAUAUACUCAAAGUCCUGUAGUGAUUUCAUGCUCUUUAUUGCAGCUUGUAAAACGGUGAUUGAAUUGCUCCCCAAACCCCAAAAGGCUUUUAUAUACAUUAUUUACACAAUGAGUCCCAUCUAAUUGGCUGAUUCUGCUUCCCUCCUGGAGCCUGAUUGGUCUUUUCCUGCAAGCCAAUCCGUUGUUGCAUUCUAGGAUCCUACUUGCCUAUUGUUCUGGGAUCCAAGCUUAGUACAUAGCAGCUCCCCACCCCACUGAAGGGCCCUUCCUUCCGGUUCUCUUCCUCUAAAUAAGGGCAAGCAACUUUUGGGGGGCCUGAGGGACUACAAUGGUCUGCUGCCCCUCAGAGAGCCACAUCAUGUCGGAUGGUCAUGGCAAAUGGAUACCUGCCUACACACACUUGCUACACAUACAGCACCCUCAUUCACAAAGAUUGCUCUCUGGGUUCCCAGGCAGAGCACCAUCUGCUCUGAGCCACAACAGGUAACUUGGAGCUGCUGCCUCAAGCCAGAGUGUGCCUCAUGGAGCUGCUCCAGGAGUAAAGCCUGACUCUUAGGGAGGUUUUACAACCGGCACAUCCAUCUCCAGCACUCCAAUCACUCUGCCAGGAGAAAUAAGGCUGGUUUUGCUGAGUUGCUAUUUUAUUAUAGGUAUUGAUUUUUUUGUGGGGGGGUGGUGGUGAAGGCCUCAAACACACUCAUAAAUAAAUUUCCCCCUGAUCAGAGUUGAUGUGGAGUUUCUGCAGGUGUGGUGACAGUUUCUUCUGUCCCAGGUGCCCAGGCUGCCAUUCUGCCAGGCCCACUGAGUCCUGCAGGACAGGCACCCUCAGGGCAGUUGCAAGAGAAGCCACCUGCGACCUUUGCCCACUUGUACAUUUAAGCUUCCAGGCAUGGAUCCCGGCUCUGAAAGACACCCUGUCUGGCAGUUCGUGCUAAUAUCAUUUUCAUAAAGCAUGACCCAAAAUGGGUCGGAGGGGCCCUGGUCAGAGAGACCCCCAAACUAGGGCUCUCCUUGGCAACAAGAACCACUGGGAUGAAUGGAGCAAAGGCCAAGGCAGGAAGAGCAGGCACAAGUGCCUCCUUCUGCAUUGCGGAAAAACUUUGAUUGGCGCCUUUCCCCUCCCCAUGGAAAGAGGGAGUUUGUGUUUGUCCCCUGACUCCCCCUUCCGCUCUCCUGUUUUCAGAAAAACAUGCUUUGUUGACCACUUUGUCAGUGACUUUUGUUGCUAUUUGGGGCUCAUCCUUUCCUGGAAUUGGCUGUACAGAACAGAGGAGAUUUCAUUUAGCCCCUUCACAUCAUGGGCAAAACAUACGCCUGAGGUUUCCCCUGCAGAUUAAAAAGCUUUCAAAGCAGUUGGGGUGGGGGCCGUAAAGGAAGCUGCUGCCUGCACUAUGAUGCUAAUAACUUCCCAGAAUCCUCUUUGCCCUUUGGCUGGUUACUGGCUGAAAACAGUGGCUCGCAAACGGAACUGGCCCAGAGAUAUUUUGGUUCCCGAUAUAAAAAUCUAAAGGUCGGUCCUCCCCAGACACACACCUCAUGAGGCAUGUUAUUGGCCUCCCUUUCAUUUUCAAUUUGACUUUUGUGUGCAGGAGAUGUUCGCAGGGCUGGAUAGAGCUGCCUCCUAUCUGAGCGACUCUGCCUCCCUUACAGGAGACCAUGUUGAGGAUCCUGCUGCUGUCCUUAGGACUCCUGCAAGAAAUCCCCACCACCCUGGCCUCUAACCCCAACCACAGCCGCCGUCUGGCCGAGCGGGGCCCCUCCAUGCUGGACGAAGAAGGCCGCUCCAGCUACCCAGGGCUUCUGCAGGUGAUCAAAGAGGGACCCCCAGAUUUUGAACACCUGGCUGCUCUGGAGAUGCCAAUUGCCCAAGAUGACCUUGUGUUAGAAGCAAACGCAAUGGAGCCACAGCAGAUGUUGCUGACGGCCCUGCAGACCCAGGGAAGGGAAGAGCGUUCCCCUCGAAGAUGUGUCCGCUUGCAGGAAUCUUGCCAUGGGCACAAGCUCCCCUGCUGUGAUCCAUGUGCCACCUGCUACUGCCGCUUCUUCAAUGCCAAUUGCUUUUGCAAGAAAUUUAGCAACACUUUCCCCUGUGGCAAGAACUAGCCUUCAUCAGGGUGCCACUCCCUUAUCUUAUGUUAAAAUGGGGUCCUGUUCUUUUUACCCAUUUUAAUAAAAAGGAGCAACAAAAACACGAGCUUCUCUUUCCUUACAAAAGAAAAACAGACAACCAAAAGCCUUGAUCACCUCAGCAGGUGACAGUUCUCCAGCAUUCUCCUAAAACCCAAAGCUUUAGCCAGCCAUUCUUGGCAUAUUUGGGUACUUGAGAUUGGGAAAGGGAUGGCUUAUUGUGCUGUACAGACCUGGGUUCCCCAUCUCAGGGUCUCUGAGUAGGUUACUGUACAGUAGCACUUAGAAACCUAUUUUUGUCAUGAAGUGUUAUAUUAAUAAAUACUACUACUGCUAAUAAUAA